AUGGACAUAAAGACCACAGAAUCCGGAUGGUUAAGCAAGCUAACCGAAGUGGUACAAAAGCUAUCAGACGUCUCGCAAGGCGCUUCGGCCAAGGGCGGUACUGCGAGUUCGUCAAGUCAGAAGACUCGCAAAGAGUCAAAUUUGCGGGCAUCUUUCUCAGAGUACGUACAGAAGGAUGACUACAUCGCCUGGAAACAAGAACGGUGGAAGAGUACGUGGAUCCUUUCAGAAUCUGGCCUUAGAGAUUUCGAACAUGCUGCCGCUAGAACAGGCAACAAGGCCGGCAGGAUACUUUGCCAUUCUUCUUCUGCGAAGGCAAAGGUCACAAGCAAUUCGAAUGCUCGUCCAAGCAUCGUCGCUCGCCUGCGGGCCAGCAACUGGGGCUCAAAGACUGGCCGCGGAGUGGCGGAUGAUCUUCCUCAGGACAAUAUCCUGCCCAGUAAAGUGGACCCAUUUCUAUCACAGGAUCGACUAUAUAUCUAG